AGUCAAGUUCAACAAUUACAUACAAACUUGAACACAUCCCGGCCAAGUCCUUCGCGGACCCCAUCAGUACAAAAAGCACUAGAGAGCACGAGAAGACGACGCGCUCGAAGCCUGAGAGCCUGUCUACGCGAUGGAUGUGGUGGUAAAAAGGCGGGCUGCGGCCUUUGUGUGCCGAAGCUGCACUCGUCGAUCUCAAAAGCAAUUGCAGCUGCAACCGCGACUGCGACUGCGACGCAGCUACUCAAGCGCCCCUCCUGGGCCUGACAUAUACGACGUUGUGUGUGUUGGCGGCGGCCCAGCUGGCCUGAGUCUUCUUACAGCUCUACGUGCAAAUCCUGCCACGGCCCACCUCCGAACCGCCCUCGUUGAGGCGCAGGACCUCUCCAAGCUCCGCUCGUGGAAGCUACCACUGGAUCGAUUCUCGAACCGAUGCAGCUCCUUGACUCCCUCGUCUGCCCUGUUUCUCGACAAGAUUGGCGCCUGGGGCCACCUCGAGCGAAGCAGGGUGCAGCCAUAUCAGGAGAUGCAGGUUUGGGACGGCGUUACCGGCGCCCGAAUCGAGUUUGACUGGGCUUCUGGCACGCCCCCACCUGCCGGAACCACAAUUGCAUACAUGGUGGAGAAUCUGAACCUGACAUCCGGCCUGCUAAGGCGUUUGGACGAGCUGGGAGGCGUCUCGGUAUUCGACAAUGCCAAGGUCGAGGACAUAUCAUUCGGCGAAGAGACCGAGGAGCUUGACCUGCGCGAGUGGCCUGUUGUUCACCUUACUGGAGGCAAUCAACUCUCUGCCCGGCUCCUCGUGGGUGCAGACGGAGCAAACAGUCCUGUGCGUUCGUUUGCUGGCAUCGAGGCUCGAGGAUGGGAUUACGGCCGCCACGGCGUGGUCGCUUCGUUGCAGCUGGAAGGGGAAGGCUGGGGCGGAGACCAGACCAAGGUCGCGUACCAGAGGUUUCUCCCAACCGGACCCGUUGCCAUUCUUCCUCUCCCGGGGAACCUCUCCACCCUCGUCUGGUCCACGACGCCCGCAAACGCCUCUCUCCUCAAGAGCCUGUCACCUCGAGAUUUCAUUGCCAUGGUAAACGCUGCAUUCCGCCUCGGCCCCACAGAUCUGGCAUUCAUGCAUAGCCAGAGCUCAGGCCAGGAUCUAGAAUACUCGUGGAGGCUAGAACAUACCCCAUUUAAUUCUCGGGCAGUGCCCCAGACUGUCGCCGUCGUACAGGAAGGCACGAUUGCCUCAUUCCCUCUAAAGAUGCGCCAUGCCGAUACAUAUGUCGGUGAACGCGUCGCGCUGGUCGGCGAUGCUGCCCAUACAAUCCAUCCACUAGCAGGCCAAGGGCUGAACCAAGGGCAAGGCGAUGUCCAGAGCCUUGCCAGCACCAUUGAAUACGCAGUCAGCCACGGCCAGGACAUUGGCGUUCGCAUGUCAUUGGAGCCGUAUGUCUCGGAGCGAUACUUGGCGAACCAUGUGCUGAUGGGUGUUUGCGACAAGCUCCAUAAGCUAUACUCGGUAGAGAGUGGCCCCUUGGUGUCCCUGAGGUCUUUUGGCUUGAACGCCAUGAACUCCUUCGGACCCCUGAAGACGUUCCUCAUGAACCAGGCUGCUGGGCAUGGCACCAAGGUCUUCUAAUGCCAUAUUUGGUUUUUCUUUCUGCGUUCAUGGCACCUUCAGUGGUACCAUAGAUGCCAAAUGUGCUUGUACAAAUGUAGGAAUACUCGGUACGUGUCUUGAUACUCGCUUGGUCUCGACCGACAGGCCACAACAAUAUAUAUUUCCAUUUCGUAUACUAUGGCCAUCCUACUACCGAGUCAAUACAAUGAACUAUCCGGCUUAGUUAUACAACCACACCGUAGGACAUUCGUGGUAAAAUGCAUUGUUUGCUAGUCAAGAUUUGAUCUGAACCCAUAUCACCAUAUCACCACCAUCGACGCUUCUCAACACUUCCCACAUGUUCCUUGUCCUUCCUCAACACUGCAAAUCUCCGUCGCGAGUAAAUGUCACAACGCAGCCGAGAAGUUUCGAUAGAACAUCGUCUACUGCAAGCUUGACAUCAGUCGGAAUCACUC